CGCAGUGACAAGAGCACAGAGUCAUCCAAGAUGAAGACGGUACUGAUUGCCUGCUUGAUAGCCUACGUGGCCGCGGAGACUAAAUACGAUUCGUCUCACGAUGACAUAGAUCUGACGGAGGUGUUGGGGAACGAGCGUCUGUUGGUGGGAUACACUAAUUGUUUGGUGGACAAGGGCCCGUGCACUCCGGAGGUUAAGCAGCUGAAAGAUAAACUUCCCGAGGCCCUGGCGACCCGCUGCGCCAAGUGCACAGACAAACAGAAGAGCGUCGGCAAGCAGCUGGUCAAGGAGCUCAAAGAAAAACACCCCGACCUGUGGAAACAGCUGGUCUCCAAAUACGACCCUAACGGGAAAUACCACAAGUCUUUCGAAGACUUCCUGAAGAACUAAGUUUGUCUAUGGCCAGGCACGAUUUAGACAAUCAAUUUUAUUGCGCAAUUAGCUUUCUGUCUCACUUUCAAGUCAUGUGCCAGCUAAUAUUGCGCAAAAUAUUGACCCUGUGGAAGAUUCGGGGUUUUACUUGUGUUUAAUUCAUUGGGAGUCGAUGUUUUUGAAGAUUUAUGUUAUAUAUUUUUCGUUCAUUUAUAGUUUAUCGUAUAAUAAAAAGUAUUAAGAAUAA